CAGUCGACUUCCUUAGUUGGUCUGCGGAACCUGUCCCUCACACCAUGAAGUUCCUAGUCUAUUUGGCGAUUUUACUUUCAACAACAUAUUCAGUGUCUGGACAAUUAAACGUGCCAACAAGCAUCAACUUAUUUGAAGGAAAACUCAACUUUACUGGCUUUGCUCAACAAUCUGGCUACUCUACAGAAGAAUACAAUGUCACCACUGAAGAUGGGUACAUUUUGACCAUAUUCCGCAUCCCUGGUAAUUCAAGUCAACCCGUGUAUCUUCAACAUGGCUUGUUCGGUUGUUCUGAAGCUUUCAUCAUGAGAGGAAAUACAUCCAUAGCCAUCGCUUUGGCUGACGAAGGUUACGACGUGUGGGUUGGCAAUUUGCGAGGAAACAGAUACGCAAGACGUCAUACCAAACUGGACCCUGACACAGACAAAGAUAAGUUCUUCGAUUAUAGUUUCCAAGAAUAUGGAUACUACGAUAUGGCAGCGAUUAUCGACUUCAUUUUAGACAAGACUGGGCAGGAAAAACUAAGUGCCAUGGGUCAUUCUGAAGGCAACACGUUCUUUUACGUUCUAGGAGCAACAAGGCCGGAAUACAACGACAAAAUUAACAUUGCCAUAGCAUUAGGUCCCAUCUGUUUCUUAGAUGAUAUUCCACUACCAACAUCUUUGGCAGUAGACACGUCACCAAUUAUUAACAGUGUGCUUAAGACGCUCGAUGAAGAAGAAUUGAUUGGACCUCAGUCUCUACUUAGACAGUUACUAGUUGACAUAUGCAGUGUACCAGAUGUCGGAUAUAAACUUUGUUUUGAUUUGAUUGGUUUUCCACUUGUGGGGUAUGACGCAGAACAAUUUGAACCGGAGUUUGAACCGACGUUACUGCAGUAUUAUUUUUCAGGAUCAUCUAGGAAGAAUUUAAACCAUUUAGCUCAGGUUGCGCGGAGCAGCAAAUUUGCUAAGUACGACUAUGGCAAGGUUAAGAAUUUGGUUGUUUACAAAUCGCUCUCGCCACCAGAGUAUGAUUUGAGUAAAGUAACGAUGAAUAUGGCUUUGAUAGUAGGUGCCAACGAUAAGGCUGCCACUGUACAAAAUGCAAACAGAUUGAAUGCAACACUUCCGAAUGUUGUAAAAUAUCAUAUAAUGGAGCAACCUAAAUUUAAUCACAUAGAUUUUAUAGUGGGUCGCGACACUAAUAAAUUUAUGUAUCCUGUUUUGUUUGAAUUGUUGGAAAAAUAUAAUAACAGUUAAAUCUAUAUUUCAAUACUGUUUACGAAAUUCACGUUUAUAGAUUUCGAAUAAAAAGGAUUUGUAAAGCAGCAAAGCAGAGCAGUUGUAAAGGAUUUGU